AUGGUUAUAUACGGGGUAUUUAUUGUAAGCAAAUCAGGUGGAUUAAUAUAUAACUACGACCAUAACAUACCAAAAGUGGAAACUGAGAAAACAUUUGGUUUUCCAUUAGAUAUUAAGCUGCAAUAUGAAAAUAAGAAAGUCGUUGUUGUAUUUGGCCAAAGAGACGGAAUAAACGUUGGACACAUAUUAUUGUCUGUUAAUGGGUCUCCGGUUGCUGGACGUACUACAGAAGAUGGCAAAGAUGUUUUCGAUCUCAUUGAAGCUAAGGAAAAUUACCCACUAAGUUUGAAAUUUGGGAGACCAAGAGCUACUACCAAUGAAAAGAUAGUCUUAGCAAGUAUGUUCUAUCCAUUAUUUGCAUUGGCCAGUCAACUAAGCCCUGUACCUAAGUCUUCAGGCAUUGAGGUGUUGGUAGCAGAUACUUUUAAACUGGCUUGCUUUCAAACUUUAACAGGUGUUAAGUUUAUAGUGGUAACAGACCCUAACAUGCAAGGCAGUGAUGUGGUAUUGAAGCGCAUUUAUGAGCUAUACUCAGAUUAUGCCCUCAAGAACCCAUUUUAUUCUUUGGAGAUGCCAAUCAGAUGUGAACUGUUUGAUACAUCACUACAUACACUACUAGAACUUGUAGAGAAAUCUGGAACUGCUAAUUUA